CGUGAUGUUCCAUGGACUGACACGUGGAAAGACACCAUUUUCGUCUUGCCUUCGCUUUAAAAUGGGGGCCUCGGCUUAGCUCUAGUUGUCUAAAACCCAAAAACCAAACCCGUUCCCGCCUGGUCAGUUCUGAGUCAUACCGACCCUAUAGGACAUAGUAGAACUGCCCCAUAGGGUUUCCAAGGAGCAGCUGGUGGAUUAGAAUUGCCGACCUUUUGGUCAGCAGCCGAGCUCUUAACUACUGUGCCACUAGGGCUCAUAUAAAUAGUUGUUGAAUGGAUCGAUGAAUGAAUAGAGGUCUCAAACCAGUGGGUCCUAGAACCAAAUAUUUCUUACAGUGAUUUUUUUAUCAACAAUUUUUACUUUUUGAAUUAGUAGCAUAUAUAUAUUUUAAUGAAAAAACUUACUAUAAAAACCUGUCUUCCCAGUUUCUGUUGAAAAAUCGUAUGGUCUGGUACCACGAAGUCUGCAGUUCUCCAUGGUCACGCCCCCCUGUUUAUUCCCUUUCUUAUAUCAAGAAGGGAAAAACACGGAACUACCUCUACCCGAUCUGGUCCCCAUACGCCUAUUACCUGUACUGCUACAAAUACCGGGUCACCCUCCGGGAGAAGAUGCUGCCGUGUUGUUGUAAAAGCAUCACUUAUAGGGAACGGGAGGAUCUGACACUCCGUCCCCGUUCCUGCCUUCAGUGCUCCGAGUCCCUAGUAGGUCUCCAGGUGGGCAGAAGCACUGAUCAGGGUGACCAAAACCAGCUUAAAGAAUUGUAUUCGGCUGGGAACCUGACAGUGCUAGCUACUGACCCCCUGCUCCACCAGGACCCGGUGCAGUUAGACUUCCACUUCCGCCUGACCCCCCAGACCUCUGCCCAUUGGCACGGCCUCCUCUGUGACCAUCGGCUCUUCCUGGAUAUCCCUUAUCGGGCCUUGGAUCAAGGCAACCGGGAAAGUUUGACCGCAACACUGGAGUACGUGGAGGAGAAGACCAAUGUGGACUCUGUGUUUGUGAACUUCCAAAACAAUCGGAAUGAUAGAGGUGCCCUGCUGCGGGCCUUCAGCUACAUGGGCUUUGAGGUGGUCAGACCAGAUCACCCUGCCCUCCCUCCCUGGGACAAUGUCAUCUUUAUGGUGUACCCCCUUGAAAGGGACCUCGGCCACCCACCCAGUAAGCCUCCCUGAACAUGCGUAUUCCUACUGUGUGAGGGGCUGAGAGCCUUGACAUGGGAACCAGGAGCCCAGGAUGUGAUUUAGGACACCUUCCUCCAUCCUAGGAAUAAAGGGUAGUGCAGUCCUCCAGUGUUCACUGUUUCUUGGGGGGCAGUGGCGUUGGCUGUAAUGGAACAUAAGCCUUACAGAGCUGAAUUGUAGGAUAAGCACUAACUAAUUACCUGAACCAGAGAGGGAAGGGAUCCAAGGGUUUUGGGUUCCCUUUGCCUUCACCUCUGCCCCAAAGCCAUUUCCCUAUUUUAUUCAAUAAUCAUUUACUGAGCACCUCCCAAGGGCAAGGACCAAGUGUUAAAGGAUUCAAAAAGGCUACAGUCUCGUUGGGAUGUUUAGGUCCAUACAGUAAGAGUUCAAAUUGGAAACAAGUGUGAAUUCCUUCUCUCUGGAUGGAAAGGAAACCAGGGAGGGUUUCAUGGACCCCUCAGCUUUUUGGCUCAACGAAGGAUUUCAACAGACAAAACAAGAAUGAAGUAGUAUAGAAGAGGAUACUGCAGUGCAGGAAGAGGACAGGGUUGUACUGGAAGAAUGACAAGCAGUUCAUCAGUACUGGAUGUAAACUGACCAGACUGAAGGGCCAUAUUGAAUAGAUUUUUACACACAGCAGGGUAACAAGCUGCAGCUAGGAAUGAGACACUAUUCAUUUUCCAAAGCAGAAGUCCUAGCAUUUAUAUCCGAGGGAUCUCUGCGAGUAAAGGCUUCCCAAGGAACUGAAGAGGCUGGGGACUAAGUGGCCUCACAACACUAUUGUGGAGCAGCUCCAAUCCCAGGGCAGAGCAUGCUUCAGUAAGUUCAGAUCACGGCAGCCAAGGCCCAAAAUGUCAAGUCAAUGGAAGCUACCUGUUGAUUUCUACAAAACUACAUGAGCUACUCAACAGAGCUGCUCCUGCACUACAGACUUUCUGUUACUAGGUACUGAGGUUUUUCUGAGAAAAUAAAACCCACUGUGACUAUGAGA